AGAAGAAAACCUUAUGAAAGAAGAAAGAAGAAAGAGAAGAGGGACCAAAUUCACGUCACGACGUGAUAUAUGUCAUCACCCUAUUAGCCUGCUUCGUUUGAGAAAAUCACGCACCUACUUCUCCUUCCAUCUCCGCUUCAGAGAGAGAAAGUGAAAGUGAGAAGAAGAAGCCAUGAACAGAAGAACCACUUUGCUUGUUCGAACGCUAUUGUUCCUCUUCGUCCUCAACUCCUUCUCUCUCUUCCUCUACUUCAUCACCCACAAAGCUUCUUCUUCUCCUUCUUCUUCUUUACAACUCAAAAAACCUCGCACCUAUCUCACACCACUUUCCCACCAAACGCACUUCUCAAAGCCAUGGCCUAUUCUCCCCUCCUACCUACCGUGGUCGCAGGCUCCUACCACGGCCCCUCCCCGCUCCUGCGAGGCCUACUUCGGGAACGGCUUCAUGCGCCGCCGCGACCUCCUCCUCUCCCGCGGCGGAGCCGGGUGGUUCCGGUGCCGCCACAGCGAUACGCUCCGGAGCUCGGUGUGCGAGGGAGGGAGGCUCCGCAUGGUACCGGAGAGGAUCGCCAUGGCGAAGGGCGGGGAGGAUUUAUCGGCGGUGAUGGGGCGGAGGGAGGAGGAGGAGCUGCCCGCAUUUCAAAACGGUGCGUUUGAGGUUGACGGGGGUGAAGUCGUUGACCGGGAGUUUUUGGUUGACAAAAAGUUUUUGGAUGAGUAUGUGCCAAGGGGAGGGAUCGAUAGGCACACCAUGCGAGACUUGAUCGCCAAGAUUCGGAUCGUGAGAGGGAAGGAUUUUCAAUGUGAUGAGGAUUUGAUUAGCAAGAUACGGAUCAUGGGAUGGAAGGAUUUUGAGUCUGAUGAGUGGAUUGAGGAGCCUGCCCUUCUGGUGACACGUUUUGAGUAUGCUAAUCUUUUUCACACUGUUACAGACUGGUACAGUGCUUAUGUUUCUUCUAGAGUGACUGGUCUGCCUAAUCGACCACAUUUGAUCUUUGUUGACGGCCAUUGUGUGGCUCCUCUUGAAGAGACAUGGAGAGCUUUAUUCUCAAGCCUCAGAUAUGCUAAAAACUUCAGUGGUUCAGUUUGUUUUCGUCAUGCUAUUCUCUCACCUUUGGGAUAUGAGACGGCAUUGUUUAAGGGACUAACAGAAGAUAUAGAUUGUUAUGGAGCUCCUGCUCAAGAACUAUGGCAAAACCCCGAUGACCACAAAACUGCACGCCUUUCUGAGUUUGGAGAAAUGGUCAGAGCAGCAUUUGGGCUACCUUUAAACGUACACCGUGGUGGAAAACCACUCUUUGGACACAACAUUCUCUUUGUUCGUCGCGAAGAUUAUUUAGCUCAUCCCCGUCAUGGCGGUAAAGUUGAAUCACGACUAAGUAACGAGCAAGAAGUCUUUGACUCAUUGAAGAGCUGGGCAUCUAAUUAUAAAGGGUGUAAAAUUAACCUUGUCAAUGGAUUGUUCGCACACAUGUCUAUGAAGGAUCAGGUGCGAGCCAUUCAAGAUGCAUCGGUCAUCAUUGGCGCCCAUGGUGCCGGUCUUACUCAUAUAGUAUCUGCUUUGCCUAAAACUGUGAUUCUGGAGAUCAUUAGCAGCUAUUUCAGACGACCUCAUUUUGCAUAUAUUUCGCGGUGGAAAGGGUUAGAGUAUCAUGCAAUCAACCUUGCUGGAUCACAUGCUGAUACUGGAACCGUGAUCAAAGAGCUGGUUGACAUAAUGAAAAGCCUUGGAUGUUGAGUGUUUUGGGCUUGGAAGUGUUGAUAUCUGAGCUCGAGUAGUGGAAUGGAAGGUGAUCUUUAAUUUUCUGAUUCACAUUAUAUGUGGCUUGCAAUGUUUUAUCUUUAAUUGCAGUCAGUUUGGUUACUAGAAAGCGAUUCAAAGUUGGGGAUAUUUUGUUGGAGCAGAAAUAGCAUAACUCUUCUAAACUGAAUUUAACUUGACAAUUCUACAACACCCUUGAAGGUGCAGAAUCAAAGCCAUGAGAGAAAGGUCUAUUUGUCUUGGUUUAUAUAGCAUGCUGGAUUGUUAGUACCAGACACAGUAUGUGGCAUCUUGCUGUGGAUUUUGCUUCCUUCACUUGCUCCUUGUCCCAAGUUGUAUACUGAAAAGGGGGGUCCCAAAUUUUUUAUUUGUAUAUUGAGUUUUCCUCCUUAAACGGCUUUGUUGUACAAUAGGUUUUUCCACUAGCACAUUAUUUUCUGACUAAUUUUGACAGGUACUUUAUAUUUAAGUAACACAUACAAAUUGCAUUUGUAAGUGAGUUAAACUUUUGGCUGACAUAAUAUUUCUUGAGAGACUGAUUUCUUUUUUUGUGAUUUCUUAUUAGGGUUUUGUUGGUGCAUGUCUGUACUAAAUACUAUUUGGAAUUUUCAGAUGAUAAAUGCACGUUCGUUUUAUUUA